AUGACUUUUCUUCUGCUUGAACUGUCGAUAUUAACAGUAAUUGUAAGAGCUGCUCAUUACAAAGGCGGCUUAAUUAAUUGGAAACCUGUUGAUCCAUAUACCAAUGCAAGUACUGUUGAAAUUAUUAUUUAUGAAUCUCAUUCAUGGACAUUAAUUCGUUUUCCAUGCAAUCAGGUAAAAAUAGCCAGCUUAGGUCUAUACGCAGAUACAAGCGGUGGUGGUUCAGGUGCAACUAUUGCUUGUCAGACAUCUGUAACUAGUUGCACAGGAACAGGCUUUUCACCCUUCAGUAACUAUAAUUACUGCACUGAUUUUUGUAAUAUCGUACAAAUCAGUAGUGGAGCUUUAAUUAAGAAGAUGACUUUGAAUCGUAAUACGAAUAUCGUAGUCGGAUUUACAGGAGGCGAUUGGGCUACUGAAAUCUUAAAGACAUCUUCUAAUACAUCUGCAUCAGGGUGGGCCGUAGUAACUCGUAUUGAUCUCACACAAAAGUAUCCUAUCAACUCAUCACCAGGUAAGUUUCUUGAAAAACAAAAAACAAUAACUGAUAUCAAUAUGGUGCGUAUUGUUUCAGUGACUGGAUCUCUGCCUCUCAUUCGUGUCAUCGAAGGACAAAGAGCCAUCAUUCAAAUUCCAAGAGCCGAUUGGGAUCGAACUGAUGAUAUUCGUUGUCGUUGGGCAAGUAGUACCGGUGCUGCUGGAAAUGAAUGUGGUGACAUAUGUAAUAAUUUAUCAGGUGCAAAUCUAUCAGCUAGUGAAUGCACGAUAACUUGGGAUGCUGUGCGACGACCAUAUGAUAUCAGUAGAGGUAGAGCUACAAGUACUUAUGUGGUAGCAAUCAUGGUAGAAGAUUUCGUAAAUACUGCAAGUACAAUACCUAUGAGCUCGGUUCCAUUACAAAUGCUUAUUUUUACAUAUCAACCAGCAUCUGGAGCUUGUAGUACCAAACCUGAAAUUAUUGGUGAUCGUCCUAAUCGAGCGUGUAUCGGUGUCCUACCUGGUGUACAACAUAGUGAACGUAUUGUUGCUGCUGUUUACUGUGCUGGUGAUUACAUCAAUGAAUUUGUUACUAUUUCGCCAUUAUAUAUGAUAAAAACAACCAUAGCCCCUGUUAGUGGUACUAGUAAUCAAUGGUAUAUUACAUUGACAUGGACACCAACUACUGAUCAGAUAGGACCUCAAGUUUUUUGCGCUGCUCCCAUUGAUCAAAAGAACUUGACUGGCUCUCAACACUGUAUUAAUUUUGUUGUUGGUUAUCUUGCACCAAAUCUCGUCACUCCGAUUCUAGUUCAAGGAUCAGCAUCACCAUUGGGAACAGUUUUUGCAAAUCAAUCUUUAUUUAGCAUUCAAGCUACAAGUAAUGUCUACCGUCCUAGUCGAAACGGUACGUACAUUCAAAUCUUCAACAAAGCAAAUCCAUUGACUCCUGAGUGGCAAGUCGAUUGUGGUUAUUCACCGGAUUGUAUUUAUACUGGAAACACGGUCUUGUUCUAUGUCCAAAAUGCUAAUUGGACUCCCGGUGCAUACUACUAUAUUUUAUUCUCUAGUGGAGCUGCAUCGGGUAAUAUAUUUUGCUCUCCUGAAUCGGAUCCUAUUAUAGAUCCAAACUACUGGAAUUUCAACAUUUGGGAUCCAGGUGUUUCAAGUACAUUGACAACAACAACUACUCCUCCAACGACGGGCACUGUUACCACACGACCGAAUAAUCGGCUAGCAAUUAUUACAUUUAAUAGUGAAGCGCAUGUGGCUGAAAUGAUGAAGAAAUUAACUGAGAUUCGUAUCGAACAGUUGAAAAAUCAUUUGUUAGAAAUUCAUGCUAAUGGAGGUACAAAUAUGAAUGCUAGUAUUGAAUGUAGUGUAUCGUUAUUUAAGACAAUUUCAUUGGUGACAGAUGAUGAUUACGAUAAUCUAAUCUUAUUUAUAACCGAUGUACAACCAAAUCCUGACUGUUUGAAUGAAAAAUCCUUUUAUUCACGUAUUGACCAAUUAGCAAAACAACGUAUUUAUACAACAUUUGUUAGUGUCGGUAUUGAUUUGAAUACUCCGCUAAUAUUUUCAAUAACAAAACAACGUGGAGUCAACUAUUUUUCUGGACAUGAUUCAAAA